AUGGCCAUCAAAAGCGCCGGUGAGGAAAUUGCCUUCCGACCUCCGGUGACACCUUUCACCUUGCUUCACUAUGCACCUCCGGAUGGUGGCCGAAGGACAACUUACGAGCGCGAGAUCUCCACCUGCGAAGCAGUUGGCGAUCAGGGAAAGAGCCGAGCAUAUCUGAAGAUGGACAGGCUCCCCCGGGAGUUUCUGGCCCAGGAGGCCAUCGCCACAGGGAGCGCAAAGGUCAACGCUUCGCAGCCGGAUGCCCCUGUGCACAUGGACCCCAAGGUGAAACGCCUCAUGCGGGAGAUCGCGAUCUCCGAAGGGACUAGGCAGGAGGUGGUCAUGGACCCGGCGUUCGUAGCCGACAUCAAGCGCAAGCACAAGGUGGAUCACGUGACUUCCAUCUUCACCGAUCCGCGGCUGCCAGCUGACGACUGUAGCACCUAUACGCUGUCCCAUCAGUUCGAGGGCCACCUGGCUGACCGGGUGGACAAGAAGCACUUCCUUCAGAAAAACUUCUAUUCGGAGUACGUGGAAGCGCUGGCGAAGCAGAAGGGCUUGAUGAUGGACAAGAACAAGGGUGCAUAA